GGUCACGGAGCGAGAGGCGCACAGCGACACGUGAGACUUCCCCGUGAGGAGCUGUCGGGAUAAAGGAGCGCGUCCCCGCCACUGUGUGCGUGUAACGGGACCUGUUGCCGCGGACGAUCACCUGUCUUACCUGUCACACCCGGAGCCCGCAGCGUCGCGUCCCGCCAGCAGUGUCCCCAGGCUGAUCCGGUUCCAGUCUGCUAGAAGAGGAUCCAGAGGAUGAAGAUGGGUGCGCUGUGUGGCUUCGUCCUGACGACUCUGCUCGUCCUCGCCUCCGCACGACCCAAAGCAGGUCCGGAGCAGAAGUGUAAGUCCGGUCCGGUGGAUCUGGUCUUCCUCAUCGACAGCUCCCGCAGCGUCCGGCCACACGAGUUCGAGACCAUGAGGAAGUUCAUGAUUGACAUCCUUAGCACCUUGGACAUCGGACUCAACGCCACCAGGGUGGGAGUGGUUCAGUACUCCAGCCAGGUGCGCAGCGAGUUCUCCCUGAAGACACACCCCAGGCUGGACGCCAUGGUGAAGGGCAUCAAUGAGAUCAUCCCCCUCGCUCAGGGGACCAUGACCGGACUCGCCAUCAAAUAUGUGAUGAACGAGGCUUUCAUUGACGAGGAGGGAGACCGGCCAAAGGUACCCAACGUGGCCGUGAUCGUGACGGACGGGCGUCCUCAGGACCGCGUGGCAGAGGUGGCGGCCGAGGCCAGAGGGAAAGGCAUCGAGAUCUAUGCCGUGGGCGUGGCCAGGGCCGACAUGGCGUCGCUAAGGGCUAUGGCAUCGCCGCCCUUUGAGGACCAUGUCUUCCUGGUGGAGUCCUUCGACCUCAUCCACCAGUUCGGGUUGCAGUUCCAGGACAAGCUCUGUGGUGUCGAUCUGUGCUUGGAGUCAGAACACAGCUGUGAGCACAUCUGUGAGAGCUCCCCGGGCUCCUUCCACUGCCUCUGUCUGCCCGGCUACACGCUGCGGGAGGACGGGAAGACGUGUGCAGCCAUCGAUCUGUGCGCUGAGGGGAAACACGACUGUGAGCAGAUCUGUGUCUCUUCUCCUGGUUCUUUCACCUGCGACUGUAACAAAGGCUUCAAACUAAACGAGGACAAGAAGACGUGCACAAUGAUCGACUACUGUUCGUUCGGGAACCACAGUUGCGAUCACGAGUGUGAGAGCGUGCUCAACGGCUACUUCUGCCGCUGUAACCAUGGAUACAGGCUGCUGGACGCCAAGCGCUGUGAGGCCAUCGACCUUUGCGCUGAGGAGAAACACAACUGUGAGCAGAUCUGUUUCAGCGCUCCGGGCGUCUUCACUUGCGACUGCAACGAAGGCUUCAAGCUGAACGAGGACAAGAAGACGUGCACGCCCAUCGACAUGUGCGCCGAGGGGAAACAUGACUGUGAGCAGAUUUGCAUCAGUGCGCGCGGCGUCUUCAUCUGCGACUGCAACAAAGGCUUCAAGCUGAACGAGGACAGGAGGACAUGCACAAACAUGGACCUGUGCAGCAGCGUGCAGCACGGCUGUGAGCAUCAGUGCGUGAGCACCCCGGGGUCCUUCUACUGCGUCUGUCCUGAGGGACAGCUGCUGCAGGAGGACGGGCGCAGCUGUGGCAGCUGUAAGUCAGCAAACAUCGACCUGGUGCUCCUCAUCGACGGAUCUAAGAGCGUCAGGCCUCAGAACUUUGAGCUGGUCAAGAAGUUUGUCAACCAGGUGGUGGACUCUCUGGACGUGUCGGCUCAGGGUACCAGGGUGGGUCUGGUCCAGUACUCGUCUCGGGUCCGGACCGAGUUCCCUCUCAACAGGCAUCACACAGCUGAUGAGAUCAAAGCUGCCGUCAUGAAGGUGGACUACAUGGAGAAAGGCACCAUGACGGGUCUGGCCCUGAAGCACAUGCUGGAGACCAGCUUCUCGGAGGCUGAGGGCGCUCGACCUGCCGGCCGCAACAUCCCCCGAGUCGGGCUGGUCUUCACAGACGGACGCUCGCAGGACGACAUCACAGAGUUCGCCAAGAAGGCCAAAGAAGCUGGUAUCACCAUGUACGCCGUAGGCGUGGGCAAAGCCGUGGAGGACGAGCUGCGUGAGAUCGCCUCGGAGCCACUGGACAAACAUUUCUACUACACCACCGACUUCAGCGCCAUCAGCACCAUCGCAGAGAACCUCAAACUCAACGUGUGCCCAGCGGAGAGUCAGGGGGAGAUCGAGGUGAAGGACCCGUGUGCCUGUGAGAGUCUGGUGGAGUUCCAGCAGGCCACCAUGAGCAGCCUGGAGCAGCUCACCAGCAAACUGUCGGCCAUGACGGCGCGUCUGGAGCAACUGGAGAACCAGCUUCUCUCCAGGAAGUGAUUGGAUCCUCAUCAACAUCACAGAGGAAGAGGAACAGACCGAGGAAGAGGAGGGGCACACCACAAACAAGCGGACAAAAACCGAAGCAACCUUUGACACGAGACCUUUGUGGCCUUCAGUUGGUCCCCUAGAGGAAACCUUCACCUGAAGGCUGGUGAUACAGGGUCACACUUUCUCUCUAAAGUUUUAACAACACAUUAAAAAUGACCAAUGCUUCACUAUCUACAUGUAGGAUUUACAACAGGUGUUAUAACUGGUGUUAUUAAUAACAGAUGUUAUGACAUCAAUCCUACAUGUAGGGUGUACAACAGAUGUUAUAACUGGUGGCAUAACCGUCUGUCUUUAUAAACUGGAUAUUAUCUGAUACGUCAGCGCUCUGUUUACAUCUCCUCUGGUGUUUAAUGUGAUGUCUUUGAAUAAAGAUGAAUGUGUCGUUACCACUCCUGAUGGUACAUCCCGACUGAUCUGACUGAUGAAGAGGAGAGUGGGUUAUGUUUCAAAUUAAAAGGGAAGCCCUUGGUCACCACUGAAUAUGCUCUCUCUCUCUCUCUCUUAAAUCUCAUUUGUUCUCCACUGCACUUAUAUAGAUUCAUUCUUUAACACGUCCGACUAUUAUAAGAAUUAUAAAGUGGUCCUUCAUCAUCAUCAUCGUAUCAUCAGACUGAUAAUGUUGAUCAUUUGGUUUCUCGCUUGUAGAAGCCAAAGACCACCACACAUGUAUACUCUUUGUAUUUGAACACCUGUAUGUUUUUGUAUAUUUUAGAACACCUGUUCCUUUUUGUAUUUCUCUGAUGAAUCUCUGUAUUGGAGCACAGACGGCAAUA